CUGCAAAAUAUUAUAUUACAUAAAUACUCCCCGAACCCUAGUCUAUUUGUUCUGUUGGCCUGAGUUUCUCCUCUUUUCGCCGCCGUAGCAGCUUCAGCGGAGCGCCGAUCAACCGUAGCCAUGGGUCGUAUGCACAGUCGAGGUAAAGGUAUUUCUGCAUCGGCACUUCCGUACAAGAGGACUCCACCAAGCUGGCUAAAGAUCUCUUCUCAGGAUGUUGAAGAUAAUAUUUGUAAGUUUGCAAAGAAGGGGUUAACACCAUCACAAAUUGGUGUGAUCCUUCGUGAUUCUCAUGGUAUUGCUCAAGUGAAGAGUGUGACUGGAAGCAAGAUUUUGAGGAUUCUCAAGGCUCAUGGACUUGCUCCUGAGAUCCCGGAGGAUCUGUACCACCUCAUCAAGAAAGCAGUUGCCAUUCGCAAGCAUCUCGAGAGGAACAGGAAGGACAAGGAUUCUAAAUUCAGGCUGAUUCUAGUUGAAAGUCGGAUUCACAGGCUUGCCCGAUACUACAAGAAGACAAAGAAGCUUCCACCUGUCUGGAAAUACGAAUCCACCACCGCCAGUACUCUUGUGGCCUAAAUAUUGUUCGACCUCAUGGAUUCGCAUCUUGAGAAAUACUUGUGGGAAGUCUAUGAAGAAAUUUUAGAUAUAUACUCGUGGUAUUCUUACCAUUACUGAACAAAGAAACUCCCGACUUGUUUUCUCCUUUUGGAGUGUGACAAUUUUGGUCUGUGUAGUGAUGGUUAGAGUUGAUCUUAAUGCGAUGGACUUCUUGGAGCCCUUCAUCUUAUAUAAUAUAUGAAUGAUAUUGCAUGA